AUGGCACAAUUAAAUCCUACCACUACACCCUUCGAUGCAUCCCAUUCCCACUGGUAUUGUGAUUGGAAUGUUCUUCAAAGACAACAUGUCUUUCCAAAGAAAUCCAAAAGUUUCAGAUCUUCCCAAGCAGAAGAAGAACUACCCAAUGUUCAAAACAUGUAUUCUGACUACAGUUCAACCAAUGAGUGUGAUGUCAAUGCUGCCAUGAUUUAUCAUAUCCAAGAACGUUUAUUGUUUUAUUUACGUGUUGUUGAUCAAGAAGACGAUUCAUCCUUUCGUUCGGAAAUUGUUUCAUCACAACCCACUUUGAAAUUUUUCAAAAACGAAACACAACUCAACGUUGUUCAAUAUCAGCUUGUUGUUGAUAGCACCAACGAUGACACGAUCAACGAUUCAUUUAUCAUCAAAUCAUUGAACACAAACCGUGAAUUACAUGUGAACAAGAGUAUUAUCACUCAACAUUGCAAAGUUUUUGAAAGCAUGCUCAAAAGUGGUAUGAUUGAAUCAAGAACGAAUGUGACCACUGUUGAAUGUGCAUCAUUCCAUGAUUUUGAAAUGAUGAUUCAGUUUAUUCAUCUUGGUUCUUUGGGUGUUCCAGAUUGUGAAUUCGUUUCAGUAGACAAGACACCCAAUGUCAUUCGAUUGAAAGAUUUAAUUGGUUUACUUCGAAUUGCGGACGAGUAUCAAGUGGAAAGUUUAACAAGAGCCAUCUCAAAAGUUCUCAACCAAUAUUGUGCAUUGCCAGUGGCUUUUUCUGCUGUGGAUUUGAGUGAAGAUUGCAAAACACUCAUCUUUCCUUCUGCCUCCACUGUCAUUGCCACGAAUAUCGAUUGUGUCAUUUCACUUCCCAUUUAUCAUCAAGAAUCUUUAACGACAAAAGAAAUGGAUAAAAAGUACAAUGAAAUUACCACCAAGAGUGAAUUGGGUCAAUUGGCCAAACUGAAAUGUCCCUUCGUGAAAGAGACUGACUAUUUUUGUCACCUAUUCAUUCUCUCUCCAUGUAACAUCUUUUUCAAGACGAUUGGGAAAAUGCCGUUUGAUUUGUUCAAAUCCAUUGUGAUUGCUUGGAAAUUGCAUAUUGAAGAGUUGAAAACAAACGAUGACACUUCAAUUUUACAAACAGUAUUCUUAUGGAUGAUACAAGAUUGUGAAGCAAGAUAUGUGGACGCUUGUUCUUUAAUUCGAGAUUACAUUAAUUUAUGUAAUUGUACGGACCAUCUGUAUCAUAUUGUUUAUGAGGGAUUUAUUAACUUUGGAGAUUCCAAUCAAUUUAAAGAAUGUAGAGAUGAAUUGCAAGAUCUUUUAGUGAAAGUAUUAUUGAGAUCGCAUGGACGUUAUCCUGAAAGCAAGUGGAAACAAGAAGAUCUUGAUCACUCGAAAUUAAUCGAGAACAUGGCAAAAGGUAAAAAGAACAUCAAGCUAACAUGUGCUUUAUUGGGUUUGGACGAGUCUGGAAAGACGACAAUCAUGUACAAGAUGAAAUUAGGAGAGGUUGUUCUGACAGUACCUACCUCUGGAAUUGUAACAGAAACCAUUUCUUAUAGGAAUGUUGAUGUUGUGAUGACUGAGGUUGGAGGAACACUCAAAGAUUCUCUAUUAUGGAAAGACCAUUGCAAACAAAUAGAUGCAUUGAUAUUUGUCGUGAAUAGCAAUGAUGGUGAUCGUCUUCCAUUAGCCACUGAAUAUUUGACUCAUAUCAUCUCUGAAUUACCUACACAGUGUCCAGUGCUCGUGUAUGCUAACAUGCAGGAUUUACCUUCAGCCAAAAGUGUUUCAUCCAUUUGUGAUGAAAUGAUGUUGUCCAAACUAUGUCAUUCAAGAGCGUGGUUCAUUCAAGCAACUUGUACCAUCAGUGGUGAUGGUUUAUAUGAAGGAAUUGAAUGGCUUGCGAACAAUCAAAGCCAUCACGUGCACAUUCCAUAUUUUGGAUCACUCUCAAGCUCUGCUUUUGAAUAUUCUGUUUCUGGUAAUGCAUUAGUGGAAAAGUUGGAAAUUCCACAGUUCAAUUAA